AUGCCCCGAUUUAAUCGACGGGAACAGCUGCCGCUCCACAUCAAGCGCGCCAUUUGCGCGCACCACGUCGAACACCCCGUCCUGCGCCAUGUCGACCUAGCUCGAUGGUGUUUCUCCCAGUACGGGUUGCGCCCGGAUCGCUCUACGAUCGGCCGCAUCCUAAAAACCGCCGAGCGAUGGGCUGUGACGUCCGACGACGACAACCCGGUGCGCCGUCGGGGAGGCGCCUGGCCUGAGCUGGAGCAGGCCAUGGGGCGGUGGAUAGCAAACGCAGGACCCGCCGGUGGCGUGAGAUGCCGUGCGGCACAGGGCGAGGCCGCCAGCGCAGAUAUGGCGGCCGUGCGCGACGCCCGUGAGAAGAUGCCGCGACUCCUCACGCAGCUCGGCGUCGCCCCGCGGGACACCUUCAACCUCGACGAGACUGCUCUCUGGCUGUCGGUGCUUCCGCGGCGCACGUACAGCAGCGGCCGCAUACCAGGCCGCAAGGUCUCGAAGGAGCGAUUGACCGUCGCAUUCCUCGUGAAUGCGGACGGUAGCCAUGCAUUCUGGCCGCUUGUGAUCAGCAAGGCGAAGAGGCCGCAUGACUUCCGGCCCGACUACGACCCUGAGGCGCUAUGCUACUGGCGCCAUAACGCCAAAGGCUGGAUGACCAUGCCAGUAAGCAUCUUUGCGUUCGAUGUGCACAUUUUUGACUCUCAUUGCUUUUAA